UGUGUGUUGUGUUUAGAGGAGGGACUCCAUUUAAAGAAGACAGAAGUUCCUGGUUUACCAGUAAGGAAGGAAGAGAGGCAGCAGUAAACCAUUAGAGCGUCAACAUGAAAGUCCAUCACACCUUGAUCUGUUUCUUCUUCCUCUAGAAACAAGAAGCAGGAACUAUAAUGUUGCAACAACGUACAUCUUCUUUUGCCCAUGCUACACUCUUCCACCAAGUUUCAGGAAAAUCAGCUCUGCAGGAUGGAAACACUCUGGUCAAUGCCCAAACCAUUGUCUAUACAGGAACUGAAGGAGGAACUGUCACAGUUAAAUGCUCUUUUUCUUCUUCUGGACGCAGUAAGGUCUUCUGCAAGGGAAGAUGUAAUCAAGAGGACAUUCUCAUUCAAACUACUGGUGUUACAGCUCAAAAUGGCAGAUACAGCAUUCAAUAUGAAAGCACUGUUACAGAAGCAAAUGUUUUAGUGACCAUCACACAGCUGACCGAGUCAGACUCUGGACGGUACAGGUGUGGUUCAAGAGCUCAAUACCAGCAGAUUGAAAUCAUCGUUGUAGAUGUACUGCUGGAUGGAAAUCCUCCUGUAAGAACCCUCUAUCCAAGACCUGGAGGAAGUAUCACAGUUGCUUGUUUCUUUACUGUCUCUGAAAGCAGGAAGUACUUCUGUAAGGACGACUGUAAAGAAGAAGAUAUUCUUGUUGAAACAACUGGUUUCAGAGGUCAGAAAGGCAGAUACAAAAUUAGAUAUAUAAAAGGAUUUUCUACAGGAGGAUUUGUGUUUGUGAGGAUCACACAGCUGACCCAGUCUGACUCAGGACAGUACAGGUGUGGUCUGGACAGACCUUCAUCACAAGACCCUUACCAGGAGUUUAGGAUCAUUGUCACAGAUGAUUCAACCCAUUACGCAAACUUGAUUCUACCGGCUUUUUCAACAUCAGUCCCAUCAACCUUCACACCAACAACACAGCACGCAAGCUCUCAGUCUGAUCAGCAGCAGACAACAGCAACUACAGAUGUGCUGCUGUAUGUGAUCCUGAUUCUUGCCAUCAUCGUCAUCAUCUUGGGACUGGUACUGACCAUAAUCUGCAUUCAGAGGAAUGCCAAACUUGACUGUUGGAAGACCAGAGGGAACUCAGAUGACACAAACAUUGAGAUUGUCCCUUAUGAGAACAUUCCUCCAGUCUCUACAUUUGAAGACUCCAUCUACCAGAGCCUCGAUCCAGCCAUCAGGAAUCAGGACCAAACCUACUCUACACUCAAACACACACAACACACAUGAAACUGUUUGGAUUCAGGUCUGGAUUCUGUUUCUGUUCCUCAAAGGUCCAGUUUGUACGGUGAAAUAUGAAAAUGUGUUUCUCACUUUGCUGGUGUGUUACUUCUUUUCCAUGUUUUUUGUGUGAUGAUAAAUUCUUGAUUUGUUUGCUUUUUGUCUAUUUGAAUGUGUUUUUUUUAAUUUGAGCUCUCAGGGCCACUGUACAUUUGGAGUAAAUUGACUUUCUUUUCACAUGCUGCCAUUGUGAUGUAUUAACUAUGAUAUCGAUUUUAUAAUAAUAAUAAUAAGAAAUAUUAGUUUUUUAUAGUUUAAUAUUAUUAAUAAACAGCAUUUCAGUCAAAUAUAUAGUUACAUGUGUCAACCAUAUUCCAUAUUACUGUUCACUCUAAAUGUAUUAGCAUGUAGUCAGCUAUAGGUAACACUUCCAGCUGGCAGACAGUGGGUGCAAAUAUUUGGUAAAAUAUUGAAUACAAACUACAUAAGAACUAGUUUGUGUGAUUCAACUUGUUUUAAUGUAAUGAUGUAUAAAUCUCCACUUACAGACCCUUACAUAUAAUAAGGUUAAGUUUUAACCUUACAAACAACAGAUCUCCAUUACAUUUUCUGUGGAUAUUCAUGAUCGUGAGCUGAUGCUGCUGAGCAUCGGGUGUGGUUAUACAUGUACAUAUUUAUAUGUAAUACCCAUAUGUAUAUUUGUUGUUGGUAAAGCACUUUGGACCUUUGUGUUAAAAAGGUGCUAUAUAAAUAAAGCUUUACUUACUUA